UGAGUAACCGAUUGAGCAACUGAUUUAGCAACUUCACCACAUCGGGGGAAACAAUAAAUAAGAGGAAGCUUCUGAAUGUUGCAUUUGGCUUCUUCUUCACAAAGCUCAGUCUGCUCCCAUUAUGAAGAUCACCGGGAUAUUUGUUGGCUUCCUUGACGCCACACUUCUGUGUCUCGUCUGGCUGAAGGAGCCAACGCUGGCCUCGGGUCAGCUGACGGCUCCAGACGUGGUAGUCGCGGCGGCCGGAGGAUCCGUGACGGUCGCCUGUCGGUAUGGCUAUGGGUACAGAAGACACACAAAGUACUGGUGCAAAGGUCCGGUGUAUGAAACUUGUGCCAUACUGGUGAAAACACCCAGGAACCGACCCAGUGACAGAGCCUCCAUUGUUGACAACAGCAAGGCGGGAGUCUUCACGGUGACGAUGACCUCACUCAGAGACGACGAUGAGGACGUUUACUGGUGCGUCGUCGCCACUUUUGGAAUAAACCCCCACACUCGUGUCAAGCUCCUCGUCUCCCACACAGUGGUAACUCCCACCAACAACACCACAUGGACACUGGAGCAUGAGCAAGUACGUUGGUGGGCGACUCUACGUUGGAUCCUCUUUGUCUCCAUGUUGUGUUGUUUGGUGUCGACACAUGUCGGCGUGUGGCGGAUACGAAAAGCACCGGAAACUCGUCUGUAACAACGGGUUCACCAUCAAAACGCAAACAACUGUGAACGACAGUCAGGAAACGGCACAUUUUGAAAUCACGGGUGAAUUAUGGCCACGGAGCCGCUCCUCCAGCAGACGCUGUGUCCGUGGGUGAAUCCAACUGAAAUAUAAACCAAGUGAAAAACUG